AUGGGAAGAGGAAGGCAAAGAGGUCGUUCUCAGAGAAAACAUUUCAAAGAGAGCAGAGAGAAUGCCUGGAAGCGCCCCAAAUCCGAUCCUACCGUUGAUGCUUCCGGUAACGCCGCCCCGGAAAAACCCAGCUGGGAACCUAUCUUGACCGAUAACCCUAACUUCGAGGAGUACUACAAGGAGCAAGGGAUUGUGAAAGCCGAAGAGUGGGAUAUGUUCAUGGAGAUUCUUCGUAAGCCUUUACCUGCUGCGUUUAGAGUUAACGCCAAUGGCCAAUUUUGCGAUGAAAUUAUAUCGAUAUUGGAGAAUGACUUUGUGAAAUCUCUUCAGGCAGAGGCCAUAGAAGGUGGUGAAUCGGAGGCUAUUAAGCCCUUGCCAUGGUAUCCAAAGAAUCUCGCUUGGCAUUCUAACUUUUCUCGAAAGCAGAUUAGAAAAAACAAGACACUUGAGAGGUUUCAUGAGUUUCUUAAAUUAGAGAAUGAAGUUGGAAACAUGACCAGGCAGGAAGCUGUUAGCAUGGUACCUCCUCUCUUCCUCGACGUGCAUCCAGAUCACUUUGUACUUGACAUGUGUGCUGCACCGGGUUCCAAAACAUUUCAGCUGCUUGAGAUUAUCCAUGGAGCAUCAGAACCAGGAACUCUACCUAAUGGAUUGGUGGUGGCUAACGAUGUUGAUUUCCAAAGAUCUAACCUUCUUAUUCACCAAACAAAGAGAAUGUGCACAUCCAACUUGAUAGUGACCAAUCAUGAAGGGCAACAGUUUCCUGGUUGCCGCUUGAACAAAUCCCGAGCUUCCGAGAAAGGAAUAAGUGAAGAUAUGCCCAUUAAUCAACUUGCCUUUGACCGUGUUCUAUGCGAUGUCCCGUGCAGUGGUGAUGGUACACUCCGCAAGGCUCCAGACAUCUGGCGGAAAUGGAAUUCUGGAAUGGGCAAUGGACUUCAUAGCCUACAGGUUAUUCUUGCUAUGAGAGGUUUAUCUCUGUUGAAAGUUGGUGGGAAAAUGAUAUACUCUACCUGCUCAAUGAACCCAGUUGAGGAUGAAGCUGUUGUUGCUGAGAUUCUAAGGAGGUGUGGAGACUCUGUUGAACUUUUAGAUGUUUCCGAUAAGCUUCCUGAACUUAUACGAAGACCAGGUCUUAAGACAUGGAAGGUACGUGAUAAAGGUGGGUGGUUUACUUCUUACAAAGACGUUCCACAAAACCGAAGAGGCGGGGUUCUUGUGAGCAUGUUUCCUUCUGGAAAAAACCUCAAGGACUCAGCUGAAACCACAGAGAAGAAUGAGAACGGUGGUGUUAACAGCUGUGAAGAUGAAUGCAAAGAAGCUGAUACUUCUGUGGUGGAUGCUAUUCCUGAUGAACCAGUUGUUGAAGUCUCUGAUCUUCCACUUGAGCGUUGCAUGAGGAUAAUUCCUCAUGAUCAGAACACCGGGGCCUUCUUCAUCGCGGUCCUUCACAAAGUUUCACCCCUACCAGAAUUCGAGAAACCUAAUCCGAGGAGGAAUCCAUCUACUAAAAAUGCCGACUCAUCAGAAAAACCUGUGGGUGAAAAAGCAGCUGUUGUUACCGCUGAUGUUGUACCAGAGGAGAGUGCAGUGGAAGAAGUUAUAGAAGCAGAUUCAAACAAUGAGAAAGAUGAGAAAGAUGCAGUGGAUGAAGUGGAUGAAGUUAUAGAAGCAGACUCAAACAUUGAGAAAAAUGAUGAUAGCUUAGUGGAGCCUGAGAAGAAAACCACAGAAGGAGAAAGCAUCACUGAAGACAAAGAAGCCGAUUCGAGUAAAGCAGGAGGCAAGAGAAAAGUACCAAUGCAAGGGAAGUGGAAAGGCUUUGACCCUGUAGUAUUCCUGAAAGACGAGGCAGUGAUCAAUAGCAUCAAGGCAUUUUACGGUAUCAAAGACGAAUCAUUUCCAUUGGUUGGCCAUCUCGUGGCAAGAAACACAGACACAAGCAGCGUGAAGAGGAUCUACUACGUUUCACAAUCCGUCAAGGAGGUUCUUCAGCUGAAUUUCGCAGUCGGACAGCAGCUUAAGAUCGCGUCCGUUGGCCUCAAGAUGUUUGAGAGACAAACGGCGAAAGAAGGUUCAACUUGCACGUUCCGUAUAUCAUCAGAGGGACUACCUGUGAUCCUUCCAUACAUUACAAAGCAAGUGCUUUACACUCCAAUGGCGGACUUCAAACAUCUCCUGCAGUACAAAUCGAUCAAGUUUCCGGAUUUCGUCAACCAAAAGUUGGGACAGAAAGUAAUUGACCUUGUCUUGGGAUGCUGCGUGGUGAUUCUCAGCGACGGUGAAGAGGCGGUGAAAGUGGAUGCGUCGACAAUAGCCAUCAGUUGCUGGAGAGGGAAGAAUAGUUUGGGUGUUAUGGUUACUUCUGAUGACUGCCAGGAGCUGCUACAGAGGCUUACCGAGAAAACUCCGAAAUCCGAAGAUGGUUCGGUUAAUGGAAGCAAUGGUGAUUCGAGCGGUCCUCAAGCUAUGGAGACAGCUUAG